AUGGAAUGUCCAUCAUGUUAUGAGUAUUUCGAUGAUAUAUCGAGAGUACCGAGGAACCUUAAUUGUGGUCAUACUUUUUGCGAAGAAUGCUUGGUUAAGAUCGAGGAGCAAAAGAUGACUUUCUGCCCUAUUUGCAGAACAGCUCUCUAGAAACCAUUUAAAGCUAAAAAACUUCCCAAAAAUUUCAUUGCCCUAGACUAUGCUGUGAAACAACAGGAAAUCUUAAAGAAAAGCAAUUUUUGCGCAAUUCACAACAAAGAGCUAAUGAGACACUACUGCAUAACUUGCAAGCAUUUAAUUUGCAUAGAAUGCAUUGUAGAACACAGUGGUCAUGAGUUUGUCAGAAAAGAGGAGUCAACUUUCAUUCUUAAAGAAAACGGAGAGAACAUUAUCAAAUCCUUGGACAAUCUCAGCAAUAGGACUGAAGUUUUGCUAAAAGAUGGCUUUGCUCUGUGCAAGGAUAUGAAAUAAAGGAAAAUCAAGGACAUGAAAAUGAUAGAUGAGAUAUUUGAUAGGAUUGCCAAGAAGAUAAUGCUGAAGAAGGCACAACUUAAAAAGGAAUACAAUGAGGCUUUUAACCUGGAAUUAGAUAGAGUAAAUCUCGAGCAAGAAAACUUCGAGAAACAUCAAAGUUUGCUUAACUUCAAUAAGGAGACUGUGCAGAAAUUAGUGACUGAGCUAGACUAGUUCCAAGGCAAGAAGAUCUAGGGAACAGAAAUUUCAAAUAAGUUGGAAAAUUUCAAGAGACAGGAAGAAGAACUUAAAGACCAAACUGAUAAGCUGAUAGGAAUAAAAGCAUCCUACCCAUCGUUUGAUCUGAAUACCUCUGAACUAGAUAAAACUAUAAGAAAUAUGGGGUCUAUCUAGCACAGAACGAUAAUGAUGACUAAUAAGAAAAUAUGUUUCUUUGGCGAUACAAAUAAAGUCAUGAGUUUUGACCUGCAAACUGAGAAAUGGAGCAUUAAAACUCUUAGUAGAAGCAAUAAUGAAUUCCUGUACUAUGCAGCAGCUGUUACUCUUCCUAAUGGAGAUGCUUUUAUUACAGGAGGAGGAUCUUCUACCACAGUUUACCAGUAUUUGACUCAGAAAGAGGAACUAAUAUAGAAAAGAAGUAUGAACCAAAUGAGAAAAGAACAUGCAGCUGUGAUUAAUGAGAAUUAUGUCUACGUUAUGGGUGGAUAUGAUGGAGUUUAGAACAUAUUCCUGAACUGCUGCGAGAUAUACAACACUCAAACCAAUGAAUGGAAGUACUUUGCACCCAUGAAUAUAAGCAAAUGCGCUUUUUCUGCCACCAUCGUGAACAAGAAAUACAUUUACACUUUUGGAGGUUACGAUGGUUAAAAUAGACUAGAUGCAAUUGAAAGAUACAGCUUGACUGAGGCAUCAUGGGAGUUACUCAGAGUCAAACUUAAGUUCCCACUUUCAAACUGCGCUUGCUUCUGCCCUGAAAAGAAUAAAGUCGUUUUAUUUGGAGGUGGCUUUAGUUCUGGCUUCUCCCCAUAUGUUGAAUAAAUUAAUGUAGAGACUUAAUAGUGGUCAGCUUUACCUAUAAUGGCUGAGGGAAGAGAUUUGAGAAAUAAAGUAGUUUUUAAUGAGGAUCACGCCUUUGCAGUUGGAGGUCUAAACAGUAAAGCAGAAAAAUUUAACUUUUAGAGGAAAUAAUGGUACCCAUUGUAAGACUACCCUAUAGCAGAUAAUUUAGAUUCUUGGGCUUGUGCACUUAGCUUUGUCCCCAAGGAGUAUCCUAUUGGAAGAAGUGACUCAUCAUCUGUAAGCUCUGGUCAAAAUGUUCCAUCUAGUCUAAAAGAGGAGGAAGAAGAGUUGAGAGAUUUGAUUGAGUAAGAGAAGGUGAUUGACUAAGAGAUUUUAGAGGAGUUAGAAAGGUAUAAGGUUGACAGAGAACUUGGAGCAAGUAUUGACUUGAUUGGAGAAGAGGUAGACAUAAGAUUUGCAGAAGAAUCAGUAGAUCAGAUUGGAUCAGACUACGUAGGUUCAUAAAUCAGCAGCAGAGACACCAGCAUGAUAUCUGCUUCAGGAGCCAGUUCCUAGGGGAAUAACGGGCAGUAAAAUCCAGCUGUAGCUGGAGGUAGUGUGGGUGGCUCAUCUAACAGUAAUACUGCUCCGAGAAAUCGUAUUGCCUCCAAUUUUAACAGGAGAUGA